UCUUUUUCUUGAUACACCCACCUUCAUCUAUCUUUCUGUGUUUGAUUACGUUCACAUGGUUAUCUGUCUUUGAUUUUUUACCCUCUUAAUCGGUGGAAUCUUGAUUCAAUUCUUCUCUAUCUCGUAAACAGCAGCCAGCAACCUGCGAGUCAAUACAGAACCGCCAAAGUUCUUCCCAUUUAGCGACUUCAAUUAUCCAAUAUUUCCCCCUUACAGUUUAAACGGUUUCUGGCUCAAGGAACAUAUUUCUGAAUUUGAGUUCUUCAAUUCGCUUCUGGUGUUGCAUCAAUUUGGGACAGCGUUGAUUCGGGAUAUGCUACUUUUGUAAUUGCUACACAAUAAUUCACGAUCUGUCAAACAGGACUUAUAUCUUGAUCCAAUGGCGGAAAAGUUGCUGAUGACUCAUUGUUCAAGCUUCCUGUUGCCACCGCCCUUCACCAACGGCAAAAACAGCUCUUCUCCGACAACUUACGCACUUAUCAUCCUUAACCAACACCUCCCUCGCUUUUCACCUUUGCUCUGGGAUCACGCAAAAAUUCGUCUUUGUGCUGAUGGCGGAGCUAAUCGUUUAUUUGAUAACAUGCCGGAGCUCUUUCCUCUUGAAGACAAUGCCUCCCUUAUCCGUGAAAGGUACAAGCCGGAUGUAAUUAAAGGAGACAUGGAUUCAAUCCGACCCGAUGUUUUAAGUUUCUACAAAGAUCUGGGUACGGAGAUCGUAAAUAAUUCUGAUGACCAGGACACCACCGAUCUACAUAAAUGCAUUACAUAUGUACGUGAUUUCGUGUCUGAUGAAGAUAAGCCCAAUUUGUGCAUACUUGUUGCGGGAGCACUUGGUGGAAGGUUUGAUCAUGAAAUGGGAAACGUUAACACCUUGUGCCACUUCUCAACGACCCGAAUAAUUCUUUUGUCCGAUGAUUGCCUCAUCCAACUUCUUCCUAGUAGCCAACGUCAUGAGAUCCAUAUCCAGUCGUCUGUUGAGGGCCCACAUUGUGGUCUUAUUCCCAUCGGUGCGCCGUCAGGAAGUUCUACAACCACAGGGCUCCAAUGGGAUCUCGAUGAUACGGAAAUGAGAUUUGGUGGUCUUGUGAGCACGUCGAACAUUGUCAAUGGAGAAAUAGUUACCGUGCGAUCUGAUUCCGAUCUUCUGUGGACGAUCUCUCUUAAAAAGCAGCCAUGAAAAUGAAGAAGAAGAAGGCAAGCUCCAUGAUUCAAGAAACCUCAUUGUUUCAGUCUCUGUUUGUAGAUUUACAAUCCAUCCAUCCAAAUAUCUCUUCUUGUUUGCUGGGAAUUAUGACAACAAUUACAAUUACUUGCUUUUAUGUAGAUUAUAUAUACAGAUUUUAAGCCAAAACUUCAAUACUUAAGACUCCA